AUGACGAAGUCUAGAGACCUCCAGACUCCGCUCAAGGAACUCUCGCGAGCUUCAGAAACCGCGAACCGGCGAUCGAAGGAAUCUCAAUCCAAGAAGCCUCAAAAGAUUGCUAAACGGAGCUUGACUGGUGAGUUCACCACCAUCUCUGAAGAUGCGUCGUGCGAAAUCGCCGGCGAUGGCAGCGGUGUGUCGGAGAUACUAGACGCAGAUCACAGCAACGAGCUGGUCAAGAACUCUUCAAUGCUGAGUCCAGCUCUGUCCGCCACAUCAAAGAUAGCUCCUCCAUCCUCUGACACCUCUCUAACUUCGAAGGCCAACAAAGUUUCGGAUAAUGGAGCUAACAAACUGGCUGAUCGGCCUGCAGAAGCAGCAAUCAUUAUUGGUCUUCUAAGAAAGGUCCAAUCCGAAGCUCCCAAAUCCGUUGAUGCUAAUAAUGGAUACAUGAAGAUUCUGGAGGAGUUGAUUAAGGUUGUUGUACAUGAGUAUUGUGCUCUUCCUGAAGAGAGAGACUGGUUGACGAAGCUUCUUUCAUGGAAAAGAGGAGUCGUGUUUCUGUCCUUGUUGAUUUGGAGCUUCGUAGUAUGCAUACUGGUUUUCUUCAAUGCUGGAUAUGGGGGUGGCUCUGUCUCUGGAAUUGCCCCAACUUGA